GUUUAAGUUAUUAUUAUUUAUUUAAUCCUACGAAUUAACUUACUCGUUUAUCAUAAGCAGGCAAAAUUUCAUAUCCAAUGAUAAAGUUACUCUGUUAUGCUAGCGUUAUCUUAUCAUGACAAGAUGUUAGAAAUUGUGUGACAUGGACAUGGCCCACCAGGCUUAUCGGUAUCAAUAGCACAAGAAGAUAAGUCUACUUAGGUUAAUUUGAUGGACAUUAAUCAUUGUAAAGAAUAAAAUUCCAAUCAUGGAUCUGACAAGGAAAAAUAAUGAUUGCUAUUUUUAUUACUAUUCUACUUGUACAAAGGGAGACAGUUGUCUAUUCAGACAUGAGGAGGGAGCUUUGGGGUGUGAAAUCACCUGCUCAUAUUGGAAGGAAGGCAAAUGUUUCAACCAACAUUGUAACUUUAGACACAUGGAGCUGAAAAAGAACCGAAAAAGUAUACCUUGUUAUUGGGAAACACAACCCUCAGGAUGCUGCAAACCACACUGCCCGUUCAUGCACCGAAACCAAAAGUCUGGAUCUGAAACCCCCAAAGAAGGUCAAAGUGAAGUGAAAUCAGAACCAGCAGCAAUCAGUGCAACAAAACGACCGAGUCAAGGAAGCGAGUCGAACUAUGGGAACCCGUCGGUAGUGGAUCCUGUCGUCGUCAGCUUUGAGGAAGAGUCAGAUAACGAAAGUGUCCCACCAACUCCCUUUAAGAACACAAAGUCGACGGUAAGUGUAAAAACACUGGAGCAAAUAAAGCUGGAUAAGAUACAAGAAGAGUCUGCGGCGUACUACAGUUACACGGAGAUGCUAAGACCUCCAGAGAAACAAGAUUUGCCAUUCAAGGUUCUGUCUCUGGAGGAGAUCCGAAAAACCAAGGAGGAACGACAACUGCAGCCGGACUCUACCACCUCGCGGAGGGAGGAGAAACCGGAUGAACCUCGGAGCAAGCCCAUCCGGUUAAAGCGUUGUUUGGUCAGAGGUAACGAAGAAAACAUGUCGAGAGUUAAGUUAAAACGACCAAAGUUGUUGGAAAGUCAGACUGUAAGUUCAACAAACGAACCAGUUGAAGGAAUGGAUUUUACCGAUAAACCGCUGACUUCAGAAAUGGAAGAGGAAAUUUGUCGUAAGAUCCCGGAUGACGAUUUAUUGAAAGACAUCGAUGCCUUACUUGGUGAUUAAUUUAAUCUGAUGACUGGGUAUUGUGCAUACAUUAUGUUCAGGUUUUGAGGCUAAUGAUUUUGAUUGUGUUAAGGUUUUAUUGUUUUAACAGAUUCUUGACGAAAAAUGACAACUAACAUUUUUUAAAUAUGCCAGCCCGAAGCUUAUUUAAUCACAAAUCUUGGUUUUGUAUAGCCUAUAUUUCAAAUGUAAGAAGUUGGUUUUUAACACAAAUUUUAAUUGUAUUUUGCUUAGGCUGGUUCUCAACAAAGUCUUAAUAUAACGAUUAAGUAAUUGAUAUGGACGCCUUGAAAAAUCAAACUAAUCAAUGGUUUUUGUACUUAUUUUUCAUAUUCUAAUUAAUUUUUGAAUACUUAGAUUUUGGCUGUAUUUAUUUUUUAUCAAAUACAUGUUAACUGGGGUCUGACUUAGGGGAGGUACGAAUGAGGCAUUUAGUUCAAAAUUCCUCCGUGAACAGCGCUGUAGUAGGGAGCAAAUGAAGGUUUACUAAUCGCAAAAAUAGUUCUGUUCAUAAAAUAAAAUUAUAAAUGUCUCAAAUUCAAUUUUAUUAUUUUUUAAUUAUAAAAUUAAACUAUCAUAACCUAACUGAACUAACCAAACUUGCUGAUAAAGAAAUAAUAUAACAAAAGUUUAGUAAUCGGAAAAAUAAUUCUGUUUAUUAAAUAAAACUAGAUCGAAUUUGCUCAAUUAAAAUUUUGUAAUGACUUAAUAAUAAAAUUUAACUGUAAUAACCUAGCCAAACCAACCAAACUUGCUGAUAAUAAAAAAAUCUUGGACAAAAAUUUAAAUGCUAUCAGCAGGAUUCGAACCCGGGACCUGCAGUACAUCAGCCCGGCACGCUAACCAUUAGACCACCGAAGCCGAUUGGCUACCGAUCGUUUUGUUACGGUAAUGGCGUUCCCUCAGCUAAUAAGAAGCCCACAGCUGUCAUCGUAGCCUCUUCUAUACCUCCCCUGAGUAAAUACCUGUUAACUGAGCCUUCUAAUAUAAAAGUUUGGGACCAUACUAACCAAAAAAUAUAUUUUUUUUUCAAACGAGCUAAAUAAUUACACGUAAAACUCUCUUUUAAAAAUGUUGUUAAAAUAUAAAGUAGGCUUUUUAGUAUCCUAAUUAUUAUCAGAAAGUGAAGUUUUUCAAUCAUUUUAGUUUGUUUUGUAUAUGAAUUACACUUUAGUGGUUAGUAUUUGUCCUGGACAUGAUAUGUACCUGCAUGAAACUGGCAGAUAUUAUAUCUAUGUAAAUAAUAUAAACUCACAGAUGAUAAGAAUGAAAAUGAAGUAGUAGUUAACUAAUAUUUAUGAUUCAUGCACUUUAUAAAAAAAAAAGUUUAGUUAUAACACUUACUCGCAAUAACUUAGAAACACUCCACCAACUACAACAAUAUUUUAUCAUUAAAACAAAAACUUUAAGUCAGUCUGCAUGUUUCUUCUAGGUAUAAUGUUAUUCACCAACUAAACUAGUACAAGGCUCGGGUAAUUUGCUAGAUGUAAUAUAAGAUUUUUAUUCUUGAAACUUCUUUGUUGAGCUGUUUUAUCAGAAAUAUUUAUAACCUAAUAAUAUUUACUCAAAUUGAUAAGUUGGAUACAACAAUUGUCUGUGUAGCCGAGUGGUUGUAGAGCUUGCCUUCAAUUCUGAAGGUCGCUGAUUUGAUUCCAAGCGAGAUCGUCUCCAGACCCAGAUGCCAUUUGUCAUUGGACUAUGGGUUAAUGAUCUUAUCUAACAAAAAGGUUGACGUAAGAUAGUAACAAGACAAGGUUUGGACCGUUCCCUUUUAAAACGUAAAAAAAUGCCACUGGCCAUUGAUAGUACACAGAAUAAAAGGGCACAGCAAAAUGAAAAAUUUAUUUCCAAGGAGGGCAAACCAGUAUCUUUACUCUGGGGGCUUCAGGUAUAAAAGAGGGGUCCUUUAGAACACUACUCAUAGGCUGCCUAGAAGUGAGAAUUUUCUUUAAAAAAUUUUAACAAUACUAUAAGGUAAACGCACCAGUAGUUGACAGUAUAAGAAACUAUACGCACUUAAUAAUCCGUGGUUUUGAAUAAAUAGGAACUAAAGAGAUAUUACGGAUUUAAUGGAAUUCUAAAUUUAGUGUAGUUUUCAAAUUUGUCAUACAAAAAGGGUUUUUUAAAUAUAUUUUAUAUUAUUUUUAAACUUAAUUCAACCUUUGUACGUGUUCCAGUGGCUGACAGUGAAAAAAGUGCUUGUACCAGUAGCUGACUGUCAGUUGUCCCAGUAGCUGACACUGGAACUAUAAAUGUACUAGCUGCUAAACCUAAGGGUUUUAUAAUUUAUAAGGCGAAUAAAAUCUAACUUAAUAAUUAAGUUAUAAAUAAAAUCAUGUAAAACGUUAUUAAGAAAAUUUAUUUUUCAUAUUUUAAAAUAAAAAAUAUUUAAAUUAAAAAAAAUAUAUAUAUUUUAUAUAUAUUUUAAAAAAUAUACAUUUUUUAAAGAUAUUUGGCUUAUUAAUUAAAAAAUUUAAAUCAUUUUAUAAAAAUUUGAGAUCACAUAAAUUAUAAAUAGCAUGCAAAUUUCGAUGGGUAAAACCAAUUUAAUAUUGUGCAAGUAGCAAAUACAUCCCCUGUCAGCUAGUGGAACUUGUAUGGCUUUUGUGUACCAAAGCCUGACAUUGAUAUAAUUUUAAAUCCAAAACCCCUAACACCCCAAUUUUAUCAUGAAAUUGUCAACAUUGGUAUAAUUGAUAAAAAUAAUUAGCCUAACCAUUAAUACUAUUUAAGAAAUUUAGCGAAAUGACAAAAAACCAAACUUGCCUUCUUAACAAUUUCAUUAAGGGAAUCGACUAAAUGUGAUGUGUACAGACAGGGUCGCUUUCAAACCACCACCAUUCAGCGAGUAUGGGCUAAAUUUCACUGAUUUGUUUGUAAACAAAUCAAGAAUAAACAUAUGUUCUUCUAACAAUGCAAUCAUGUGUACAUAUUUUUAAGAGACCACAUUAUAAUGUAAAGAAACUCAAACUGUCAGCUUCUGGAGCACUGUCAGCUACUGGUGCAUUUACCUUAAUUACUGAUGUCCAUUGUUUCUUAACUAGGGUAUUACAGUAUGUAUAUUCAAUUCAAGGACAUGAACAAUACAAUCUAUGACAUAAAUGACUCCAUUCUAAAUUUAUCUUUGAGUUAAAAUAUGUUAUCCUAUCUCAAUGUAAUGAUAGUCGUAUCUAGUUGUUUGAAAUAUAGCAUGUAACUUAACUUGAUGGAAGGGUCAUAUUGUUGUAAACACUAAUCACCGUGUUACUUGAAGGACUCCCAGCUAACAAUCUGAAUUGAAGAAAGAAUACUACUGUAUUCAAAGAAGCACAUUCCAAUGUGGUACACAGAUUCACCAACAGUCCAAGCUAAACUAGCCUCUCUAUUUCUGUUAGCCUUUAUAAAGGUCACCGGUUCGAUCCUGAGGAAAUUCAGUAGCUUUUGAUGGUUCAAAACUGGACCCAGCUGCUCCUGAUCAUUGUUUUAAAUCAAUGAUCCUGACUAAUGAAACAGCAGUCUUAGUUGGUAACAAAAGCUACAGAGCUCACACUCCAUUCUACACUCAUAUUUGGGUAAAAAUGCGAAGAUAGGUGGUGUCCCCAUCCCCAUCUCAAUCAUUGACAAUUAAUAUGCUCAAGCUAGACUUAUUUCAAUUGGGAUAGUGAGGCAAGGCUGGUUCAGUCGGAGACUGGUCUCUUAUAACAUGUUCAGUACAAAUGAAAAUAUGCUGUUUAUAAUGUAGACAAAGAAAUUUACAGCAAAUAGGAAGAAAUUCACAGUUAGUAACUAACAAUACAAUUUCAAAUAACUUGCAUCAAGUAUUAUUUAAAUAUUAAGAUUAUUUUUACUCAAAGUUGUUUUCUGAAUAUACAUAUAUUAAAUUUGUUUGUAUAUUUAAUCCAUUUCACACAACAAAAUGAAAAAUAAAUAACUUGAAAUAUUAUUGUUACAGUCAACGAUAUUUUUUUAACUAAAAAAUAUUAAAAAAUAACUGUCCUACUGAAAUUAAGAUAAAAAUUAU